CAUGCGGGCUGUCAUGGGUGAGGAGAAUGGGCUGUUCUCAGCAGGAUGAAGGGCAGACAGAGAAUUUUCCCCCUCGGGUCCAUCCUGGUCUAGUCUAUCCCUGCAUCCUUUAUCUGACCUGUGGUGCCUUAAGUCCACUGGCCACCGAGAUCCAGUGGCACCCAGUGGGGUGGAGAGGUGCAGGCCUGGGGCAAAGGAGAGGGAGGGCGCCGUAACAGCCGUGCAGGGCUUUGAGGAACCUUGCGAGAGGAAGUGGCUUCGGAACCGCUCUGGCCGUACCAGGGGCAGGAAAGGCACGGGGAGGCGGGGGAGGUGUCGAGAUGGCGCUCUGCGCGCGGGGCGAGGGAGGGAGCCGAGGACAUGAAACCACAGAGGCCCAGUGAGCCUGGGGGCGAGGCAGGUCCGAUCCGUGUUCGCAGCUGCUGGCGCCCCGCCGGGAAGGGAACAGGCUACCCCGCCGCCCGAGCCACGCGGGCCCCAGGGUGAGACACGGCGGUGGCUGGCGCCCGCGCUCUGCCUGGCCGCGUAACCGACUGGCCCAGGCUGCCUUGGAGCUCCCGCGGGAACCUGCGGAGGGCCCUCGCCUCCCUGCCUGCGUCCCGAGGGGCCCAGCGGAUGCCCUCGCUGCCUCGCCAGCUCCCGGGUAGAUGACGGUGGACCGCAGCAUGAGCAGUGGGUACUGCAGCCUGGAGGAGGACCUGGAGGACUGCUUCUUCACUGCGAAGACCACCUUCUUCAGGAAUGUGCAGAGCAAGCGUCCUUCGAAGAAUGCCUGCAGACCUGCCGAGGAGCCUCGGAGCCCGCCCACGCUGCAGGAGAUCAAGCAGAAGAUCGCCAGCUACAACAGCCUCGAGAAGAACUGCCUGGGCAUGAAGUUGAGUGAAGACGGCACCUACACGGGCUUCAUCAAAGUGCAUUUGAAACUCCGGCGGCCCGUGACCGUACCUGCCGGGAUCCGGCCCCAGUCCAUCUAUGACGCCAUCAAGGACGUGAACCUGGCAGCCACCACGGACAAGCGGACGUCCUUCUACCUGCCGCUCGAUGCCAUCAAGCAACUACAUAUCAGCAGCACCACCACGGUCAGCGAGGUCAUCCAGGGGCUGCUCAAGAAGUUCAUGGUUGUAGACAAUCCCCAGAAGUUUGCACUUUUUAAGCGGAUACACAAGGAUGGACAAGUGCUUUUCCAGAAGCUCUCGGUCACUGACUGCCCCCUCUACCUGCGCUUACUCGCUGGGCCCAACACCGACGUCCUCAGCUUUGUGCUAAAGGAGAACGAGACUGGCGAGGUGGAGUGGGAUGCCUUCUCCAUCCCCGAGCUCCAGAACUUCCUAACAAUCCUGGAGAAAGAAGAGCAGGACAAAAUCCAACAAGUGCAGAAGAAGUACAACAAGUUCAGGCAGAAACUGGAGGAGGCCUUGAGAGAGUCCCAGGGCAAACCUGGCUAACCAGCCCUGCUUCCUCUGCUCCCAGUGCCCACGGAUUUGGUUUUUAUUAUUAAUUAUUAUUUUGCAACAGACACGUUUUCUCAGGACACCUGUGGCGGAUGCGCUGGUGCUCGCCCAGCAGGCCCAGACGCGGCAGUCUCUGAGGGGCGCACAGGUGCGCAGGGCCGGUCCUGCCCGCCUCCACGCACGGCCCGUCCGCAGCCUGCCAAGCAGCACUCCUGCGAAGAACGACCUUGCUGUCUGCAAGCCUUUCACAAACCAAAAAGUUGCCCUCUUGUCACCAAAUUGGAAAAUUCACACCAGCCAGCAAAGGAAGGGAAAAAUGGAUUAGAGACGUACGUUCUUUCUCUGGCUUUUAUUCUUCAAUUUCUCCUUUACUUGCCACCUACGGCACCUUUAUUUAUGAUUUGAAAGUGGUAGCACAUUCCUUCAGCCGGUCUGAGCUAAGCUGCUGAAAGCAGGGUAAUGCUGUAAAGGGCUGUGCCCCGCUGGCCCCUGGCGCUCAGGCAGGAGCGCAGAGCUGGGCUCAGCUCAGAGACUUGCAGAGAAGCUGCAGCCUGGGCCUGGCCCUCGUCGCCCCAGGCCGUGCACACAGGAGCCCAGAGGCAUGUGUGUAGUGCUUCACCGCAUCUUUGUCAACAACUGUCUGUUCUUAGGUUACAACUUUAUUUAAUACUGCCAUCAUCCUCGAGUUUCCACUAAAAGGAAACCAGCUAUUUACCAUUUUCAAAGUCUCCUGUGAGUAUGGAAAUCAGGCAGGCAGAGAAAACCAAACAGCUUUGCCGAGAACUGUGUCCAAGCCGUUUCCAGCCUUCCCCCAGCCAGUGCCGGGGAGGGCUCGCCUGCCACAGUUUCCCCGGCCUCCAGCUCCGUCUCUCCUCCAGCGGCCAGUGGAGCCUCCAGGUGCUGCCAGAGCAGCUGCCUCGACCACAGAGGGGGAACCUCCAACUCUGCCAUCUUGGAGUCCUUUGUGUUCUGAAGCAUGGACCAGCCCGGGGCACUGUGCUCAGUGGGCUGUGGGGCUGGCCUCUCUGCUGACCUCCUCCGGACCUCAGUGCCUUUUUGUUUCCAGAGAGACAGAAGCAGGGCAAGUUUGCUGAAGCUUUGCCGCUGGUGUGUUGCUGCCGGGCAGUGAACUGCUGUGGUGCGGGAGCCGGGCCUGGAGAGCCCUCCCUCUAAGUGUGGGGCCAGGGUCAAACCUUCCUCCCAUGGAGGGGCCUGGGCUUCGAUUCCCAUACACAAUGUCAGACCACAUUAAUAGGAUGGAUCAGAUUCCUGACUCUCCAUUUGUCCUGGUUGCUUGUUCUGCUCCAAACUUAAAAAGUAAACUAGCCAAACAACUCAACCAAGUCACCAGACUGCAAAGACACUUCAGUGCCAAGGUAGAAAGACUUUUAACUUUUAAAGCAGGGCAGGUUUUUCAAUCCAGCCUCCGAGAGACCAUUUCUCCUAUGCCCUCUGCCUUCCCCAGUUCCUCUUGGGUUGGUCCAGGCCUAAGUAUCUUCGUGUAGCCUCAGAAGCCCCCUCCCAGGCACCUGCGGAGCCCGCGCCCUGGCCCUGAUCGAAGAAGGAACACUGGCCUUCUCCCUGCAAACCGUGCAUGUCUUCAUACAGCAAAGGCAGAACAGGCUCGAAGUCUGGGAAGGCUGUUCCAGCCACAAAACCCCGGUGGUCGGCCUUCUCGUGCUCAGCCUCAUCACUUCCCUCCCUUAGACUCCCCCUCCCUGGCGAAUGUUAAAGGGAGCAGGCAGAGUCCUCCUCCCGCCCCCCCCCGCCCCGCCCCCACGCUGCAUGUCUUUCCCAGUGAUAGAAGGCUCAGCUCCCGCUGCCACUGCUGUGAAUGCUGCUGUGAACCUCCUUCUGACGGGGGUGGCUAUUUUAUUUUUGAGAAGGAAAAAAGUCAUGUACAUAUAUAUUCCACAAAGAUGUAUAACUAUAUAUAAAAGAGAUAGAGGUGUUUAUGAAAUAAGAAAAUUACGGGAAAACACAGACUUUAUGCAAAGCGCAGUUAGACCCAGGACUGGGCCUGAGGUCCAAGCCUCUGGAAACUGUGGGUCCAGGACCCCUGCCUUCCCAGAGGUGGGUGAGGCUGUUGGCAGUGCCUUCUAUCGUCCUCUUGUCCCGUGUGUGUUUGUUUUGAGGGUAUUUCCUCUUUCAGUGUCUUACGUGGGUUUAAAAAAAGGUAAUAAAAGCUUGUUGCAGAAAUGA